AUGGAUCUCAGUGACGUCUCUGGUAUCCAGUUGGCCACCAGUCCACCACCGAGAACCGCCAUCGAUUACAACUCUUCGUUCGAAGAGUCGCCGGCGAAACGUGUUUUCGUCGAGCGAACUCUUUUAUCACACUACUCCACCUACUUUCGUGUCCUUUUCUCUAACGAAUUCCGUGAUUCACAAGCAUCGUCCCAUCGAAUUCGUCUAAUCACAGCAUCUGAUUUCCAUCUUCUCAUCACAAUUCCACGAGCCUUCGAACAAGGAAUCAAACCAAACAUCAAUUUACAAAAAGCAGUUGAGCUUUUGGAACCAGCAGCCUACCUUCAAAUCAAUAUUGCUCUCGAGCAUAUCAGUGAUAUCAUCUGCGCAAAUUUGUCCCACGAGAAUAUCAUCAAAAUAUUUCGUCUGGCUUUGCUCUAUCAUACACCAUUGGCUCUUCGAGUCUGGAGAGCAAUGAUUCGCCAGUUUCAGACAAUGUUCGCCACGAAUGCAUAUUUGACACUAAAAGAAAAUGAAUUGAUUGGACUUCUCACUGAUAAACAUUUGAAUUUGAAGAGUGAGGAUGAGCGGACAGUAGUUGUCAACUGGAUCAAACAUAAUUCUCCUCUUCAAUCCGAUCGAAUCGUGCAGUUUGCUCAGCGAAACUUCGCCCGACGACCACAGCCAGAUUCCACAAAAUAUGAGGUCAUUCGGAAUCGACAGCCAAUUGGAGCUGUUGUUUCAUUUGGUGGCUGGGCGAGUCGUGGAGUUGCUCAAAAGAUUGAAGUGUUCAAUAAAAGAUGUGAGCGUUGGCAGACUUGCAAUUUCAAUUACGAUGUACCAAAUAUCCGGCGAGCCUACAAUGGAAUAGAAUUGGUCGACGACAAACUUGUGGUAUUUGGUGGAUUCAACGGAAUUCAGCAUUUUCAAACAACAACAGUUUUUGAUCUAGAGACGAAAAAAUGGAAAAGUGGAGCAAAUAUGCAUGAUAAGAGAAUGAAUGGGGUUUCUCGACUGAAAACUGCUGAAGUAUACGAUCCCCUAUCAGAUCGAUGGACUGAAAUUGCCAAUAUGACUCACAUGAGAUCGGAUGGAGCAGUGGUAUCCAUAGAUAACAAAGUGAUAGCAAUUGGAGGAUUCGAUGGACGAAAUAUUCAUUUGGGUGGUGAAUGCUAUGAUUCAAUUGUCGACAAAUGGUAUCCACUGGCAUCAAAUAUGAGGACCCGUCGAACGGGAUGUACUGCUGUUCCAAUCAUGGAUCAUGUUUGUAUGGUACUUGGAGGAUUCAAUGGAGUCAAACGUCUUGACACUGCUGAAUUAUAUGAUAUGAGAGAGGGAUUGUGGCAUUCAGUAUCUGUAAUGCACACGGCCAGAUCAAACUUUUCGGCUUGUCCGAUGGAUUUUUCGGUUUAUGUGGCUGGUGGAUUCGAUGGACAAUCAACGACAAAAGAUUCGGAGAGACUUGAUUUGAGGGCAAGGAAGUGGCAGGCGCUCCCCGACUUGGCCGAAGCAAAAUCAGCACUUCGUAUGAUUUCCCUAACCGAUCAUCCAUUCCUUGAUGAACUAUUCCACAUUUCGGAUGACGAUGACUCGUGA